AUGUUGAAAUCGUGGUUUGAUAGUCUGGAAGACCCGGAAAGGCCUCUCCUUGCACCGAAUUACUGGCUUCUUUAUAAUUUUGGCCUAAUAUUACCAGAUAAUAAAAUAAUAAGGGCCAUACGUAUAAUCGUUGUUCAGAUUUUAGGGCUCUUCGUAAUUUCUCAAUACAUAGAGCUGUAUGUUACACGAUCAGAUAUAGAUCUAGUGCUAACCAAUCUGAAGAUUUCCAUGUUGAGUACUGUGUGUGUCAUGAAAGCGUAUACGUUUUUGAUUUGGCAAAAGGACUGGGUGCAAAUCAUAAAUUACGUGACAGAAGCCGACAAAUACGAGCGGGACACCAGAGAUGAAGAAAAGGGAAUAAUUUUGGACAAAUACACAAAGUAUUGUCGACAAGUCACUUAUUUCUAUUGGUGCUUGUUAUUCACGACUUUUUGGACUACUAUUGGAACUCCGCUUAUGCGUUAUUUAUCGUCGGAGGUGUACAGAGAGGAGUUGCGCAAUGGAACUGAGUUAUUCCCUCAUAUCUUCAGUUCUUGGAUGCCUUUUGAUAAGUAUAGUUCUCCUGGUUGCUGGGUGACUGUCAUCUGGCAUAUUAUAUUGUGUGCUUGGGGAGCGUGCAGUAUGUCCUCAUAUGAUUCUAAUAUCGUGGUAAUGCUAGUGUUCUUUGGCGGGAAAUUAGAGCUGCUACAAGAAAGAUGUAAGCUAAUGCUUGGGAGCAAUGCUAUCGUGUCAGAUUAUGAGGCCAGAGAACUCCUUCGUGAGAUACAUCAGAUGCACGUCGCGCAUAUGAAACACAUGAAGCUGUUGGACUCCAUGUUGUCUCCCGUGAUGUUCGUCUACAUGGUCAUGUGCUCGCUCAUGCUGUGUGCCAGCACCUAUCAGCUCACGUCAUCCACAAGCGUCAUACAGAAACUGCUCUUAGCAGAAUAUUUGGUAUUUGGCAUCGCUCAGUUGUUCAUGUUCUGCUGGCAUAGCAAUGACGUCCUCAUCAGGAACGAUCGCCUCUUCGAAGGCCCUUUCGGCAGCCGGUGGUGGGCCGCCAGCAACAGGCAGCAGAGAGACGUCUUGCUCCUCUCUGGACAGCUCGGUCUUAGCCAUGUGUUUACAGCUGGGCCCUUCUCCAACCUAACGCUGUCCACUUUUGUAUCGAUCAUCAAAGGGGCAUAUAGUUACUACAUGAUUAUCAAGUGUUUGUUAGUUCGUAUUAUUGCUAUGGAAAGCCAAAAUCCUCAAGAGAGAACAGUUAUACAAUAUGUGCGCGGUUCAAGAGCCUUUCGCCAGUUCAAAAAUCCGCCUCAGCCUCAUAUGUGCAUUCAAGAUACAAUAAAAGAUACCGCCGAAAAGCUGUUCAUAAAUGUUCUGGGGUGGCAGAAAAUAGCGAACCCAAAGCAGUAUUCGGAUCCCAUACCGUUGUAUGGGGGCAUGCAGGUCCCGCAAGGCUGCGGACUGAACAGUAACAAACCGAACCUUCUUGUAUUUGCUGUUAUGGUUAACCCGGAUAUUUUGAAAUCAAAUGGGAAGAAUGCUGCAAAUCGCAGUGACCGAGAAGCUCUAGUCAGCUUACUCUGUGACUUUGUAGAAGCAAUGAAUCCUGGGUUGGUGCUAGCCCGGAAUCCGGUGAUCCUGAAAGAUCGUGACCUGGCUGGAGAGCUAAAGGAUGUGUGGCUCGCCGUGCAAAACAAGCGAGAGAGGGAGAAGGGGAUGAACCAGGAUGUCAUGUAUAAGGUUUAUGAUAUUGACGGUAUAGGCGGUGAAGACAUAAAUGAAGACGACAAAAUGUCCAGGAACGACAACGGCUCUCCCAACAGAGGGGACAAGAAGAACACUGUGAAAUCUUCAAAGCAAAUUCUUAUGAAUGCCGGUCAGAAAUCAGAGUUUGACUCCGGGAUGAACAACUGCCAACUCAGCCAGAGUCCAAGCAGAGACAAUAGAAAUCCCAAUUCGGACACCACAUACUGCACUCCUGUUUAUGGACAAAUAGUGUCCUCAAGAGAGAACCACAAUCAAAUCAACGAUAUACAACAGAAAUUCUCACAUAACGAAACAACAAAGCCAUCGAGCUCAUUCAGAAAAGACUGGAAUCCUGUUCACGGUAAGACAAUGGAAGGCUGGGACGAGUUUUCUAAAAGAAACAUUUCUUCCAUAAGCAACGAAGAGGAUGCCAAAAAACAAAAGUGUUCAAGAAAUGACAAUUCCGCCAAACAGGUUAGUAACGGCAAACAUUAUGACUUCUUUCCAGUUUUUGACAAUAAGACAGCAAACGAAAACAAUGUGGGAGAAACUUUCGGCUCUCCCGAAAGGAGUAAAGGCGUUAGUAAGGAAGAAAAUUCUAAAGUAAUUGUAGAACCAAUGCAGAAACUAGUUCUGCAAGCGACUGAUAACAAAAUAUGUGAUAAUAAAUCAAGUGCUCUCAGCUCAAUAAGCUCGUAACUAGCUUUUACAAGUUUUUGUAUGGCAUUGAUAUUGAAUGAUGUUGCUUAUGCGCUGUUAACGGGAUGGGUGACCAUUUUUAUCACUAGUCAAAUUGGUUGAUAACAGUAUAUCACAGUAUUUGUUGGCUUCAAGCUGUUGUGAGCUAUGUUUUAAAUUUAACGUCACGUUUCCUUGUCAAACCAUUUUCUUAAUUUCCAGAUGAUAUUAAUAAAUCUAGGGUGUUACUGAAAAUUGUUGACAGCUCAAAUUUUAGUGAAAAUUUUUGGAUCGGAACGAAAAUGAGUUGAUUUUUAGAUGGUAAUAGUAGCUAAGACAAUUUUGCAGCACGCGAAUAAUAAUUAUUAUAGCUGAUGUGACAUAGUAUUUAGUUAUAACAUUUUUUAUGUAAUGUUUAAUACCAGGUGUAUCUGAAGAUCAGAUUAUAAUCUAGAUGUUUAUACCGCCGUGUGAAUGAGUGAAUAGUUUUAAUGGUUGUGUACAAUAGCGUUUUUAAAACCGAACAAAUUAAUGCAUUUACGUGUGUAAUGAUGAAUGAAUUUUGUACUUUUGCUAUAUUAUGAUUGUUGCCAAUUUUACCUGUUCCAAAUUUAAAAUUAAUCGUGUAUUUUGAUAUUGCUCACUCGAACGAAUUGAUGUUUGAUCCCUUUUAUUAUACGAAUGUUCGAUUUGAUGAUCUCAACCCUUCGUUUCUCCACUUUAUAAAUAAGGAAAUGUCCACUGCCAAUACGCACUCGAAUAUUUUUUUGUAGAAUAAAGAUGCUGCUUUUGGUGACUAUCACUAGAUAGUUCAAGAAAUUGUCGUUGGUCAAACUAAUAAUUUGCACAUUCAUGCAACUGGAUGUGCAACCCUGAUCCAAUAGGGGUUAGGUUAGGUUAGGUUAGGCUGCGGAGGUCGGACGGGAUUCGCUUCGUGUAAAAGCCUGAGUCACACAAUCCUGACGCUGCAGGAACUUACAUCAGGAGAAUGAUAAUGACUGUAAGAAGACUAAAUCUAUAAUCAAUUAGCAUGGAGUUAUAGCAUCCUAGUGAUCAGUCACCAAAAGACCAGCCAUCUUGAAGUAUAUUCACAUAAUUUUAAUUAAUGUAUUAUCUUUACAACGUGACGAAUCAAAUCUCGACGCUCCUUUGGCGAAAUUUUGACGUAUUUCUGUAAUGUAAUUUGUAUUUGUCACAACACUUCUUUUUAUUAUUUUUUUACUAAAUUGGUAUAGGAAAUCAAAUUAAAUUGUUCCUUCUACGCCCUUCGUCGGCCAAGGAGGCUAUAGUGAUAGCUUUAUUGUAAAUUUUUAUAUGGUUGUAGUCAGCAUAAAUCCAGUCUUAUUUAGUUUAAGGUAUUUUAUCUGUCUGUGCAAUUUUUUUGGUUCUAUAAUACGUAGCUAUAUUAAUUUUCUUAAUUACUUACGUUUUGUAUUCUAUUUUAAUCGAACAAUGAUUGUGAAUGGUUCCUUUUUAGAUGUGGAUACAUAAAAGACAGAAUUCAAUGAUGCAAUAUAAAAGAAAAUCAAGCCUUUAGGAAAUCUGCACAUUCAGGCAAUCGAAUGUGUAACCAUGAUCCAAAGGUCACUUUUGGGCGCCAUAAAUUUAUAUUAUAAAAAUUUAAAUUGGCAUAGCGUCUUCGCCAUUGUGCCAUUUCUAUAAAUAGGACCCUAUGGUUCAUAUUUGGUCUUUGGAAAUGGUUCAUUUCCAACGUUACGUCGGAAUGGCGGAGCCGGAUCGAACGCCUGAAUUUUACAUACAUACAUAUAAUUACGUCUACAUCCCUUGCGGGGUAGACAGAGCCAACAGUCUUGAAAGACUGAUAAGCCAUGUUCAUCUGUUUAUUAUCUGUUCAUCUUAGAUUACAAAAUAUAUAACUAUCUUUCGCCCAUGGCGCCGCCCUCGUCCAAAGUAGCCCUAUGUCCGUUUCCGUACUUCACACUAUAUGUAUACAAAACAAGACGGAUAUUGGUUCAGAGGUUUAGACGUGAAAGACGGACGAACAAACACAUAUUAGUAUGGAAUGGAUACACAUUGCAUUCUAUCUUUUAUGAUCCACAAAUCGUCUAUUAUGAUUUAUUUUUAAAAAGCAUGUAUUAUAGAUAUUGUAUAAACUUUAUUUUAAUGGAUAUUAUAAUUAGUUUACGACACAUAAGCGCUUUAUAAUCAUAUUGCAUUUAUUUUGGGACAAAUGUUUGCUAUUUUUCGACUUUGAAUUAAUUUCGCAGAUCAAAGUGAAAUUUUUUAGUUGUAUUAAUUAAUUUAGAAUGAUGUAUUUUAGUCUAGCGUUUAGCUAUGUUUAUUGUUUUGACGCGUUUGCGCAUAAUCUGGUUGGCAUGGCAGAUGCAGAUUUGAUUUAUUUUAAUUUAGGACGUGAAUACGAAGUAACGAACAAACUAGAAGUUUUGUUAUGGUCACGAGUAGAAAAAACGAAGAACUAAAUACUAAAGAAUAUUUAAACAACGCAUCUUGAAAAUAUUUUCGCAACGGAGACAGAAUUAUAUACGCCCUCAGCCUAUGCGUGUAGUUUUAAAGAUCUAAGCAUACAAACAUACAGAAGGUCAGAUGCAGGAAGCGCCGUUGCUUUAUACUAUGUAGUGAAAGUGAUAAUCUAAUUUCAAUGAAACUCACAGAUCACCGUUGCUGCCUCAAUGUUCAUUAUCAAUGUAUUUUUCAACAUUAUUGCUCCUAACUUUUUUGGGAUCUAUUUAUAACUAGAAAAGUUUAUUCCAAUCUAUUUUCAGCCAUUUUUUAAUCGGAUUAUGCGUAACCACUUUAGGUAGAUGUGUACUCUUCAGCAGACGUUCCUUUUACGCUGAGCAUUCUCGCCGGUUUGGCAUGUAUUUUAUAGAAUCUGUAAUUUGUUUACUUGGACAGAAUUUAUUUUCUAUAUUUCAAUAAAUACAAAUUAUAAACAUUCUAUAAAUUUAAUUUAUAUCAAGGAGCUUGAAAACUAUGUAUAGAGAUUGCACAAUGAUUUAAAAGUUAAUUAUUCAUGGAACUACGAAAUAAAAUAUGUUGUUUGUCAUUAAUAGAUACUGAGUGAGUUUUUUUUAUAAUUCGUAACAUCGACAUAGAAUACAGUUAAAAACAUUUUUAUUUUUGGAUUACAUUCUUCUUUCUCGAAAUGCAAUCUCAAUUACCUAUACGAUAUUAAUUCUGGAUUUAUAAGGUAUUAAAGUAUAUUGUUUAGCAAUAUUAAAAUAGAUUUAUUACACAAUGUUAGAAUUUGACUAUCGAAUUGCAUUCUUCGGACAUGUUUUUUAAUUUUAUAAUGUAACUGAAUGUACCUACUUAUUAUAAAGAAAUUUAA